AUGACACGUCAUGCUGACAACAAACGAGUGAAAUGUUCUCAGUGUGAAAAAACGUUUGUCAGCAAGUCCUCCUUGACAAUACACACAAGGACACACUCUGGAGAAAAACCUUUUGCCUGCUCCGCUUGCGGUAAAAGGUUCACUCAUAAGGGACACUUAAAAAUUCACACUAGAACUCACACUGGGGAAAGGCCUUUUGUAUGCACGGAUUGCGGUAAAGCAUUUUCCGUAAAGAGCAGCUUAACACUGCACACAAGGACGCACACUGGCGAGAAACCUUUUGUCUGCUCGGCUUGUGGGAAAAGAUUCAUUGAUAAAGCACAUUUAACAACGCACACAAUAACUCACACCGGAGAAAAACCCUUUGCCUGCUCAGUAUGUGGCAAAGGCUUCUCUGUCAAAGGAGAAUUGAAAAUACACACGAGAACGCACACUGGAGAAAAACCCUUUGCCUGCUCAGUUUGCGGGACAAGAUUCCGGCAGAAGGGCCAUUUGAAAGCGCACCUAAGAACACACACUGGAGAAAAACCUUUUCUCUGCUCCGUUUGUGGAAAAAGAUUCACUCAAAAGAGACUGUUAAUAGUACACACAAGAACGCACACCGGGGAAAAUCCUUUUGCCUGCUCAGGCUGUGAAAAAAGCUUCUCUCAAAAGAGGCUCUUAAUAGCCCAUAGAACAAUUCACACCGGAGAAAAUGCUAUUGUUUGCUCAGUUUGCGGUAAAACAUUUUCUCGGCGGGAAGAUUUAACCAGGCACACAAGAACACACUCUGGAGAAAAACCGUUUGCCUGCUCCGUUUGUGGUAAAAGAUUUUCCCGAAAGGAUCGGUUAACAAGGCACGCAAGAACACACUCGGGCGAAAAAGCUUUCGCCUGCUCGGUUUGCGGCAAAACCUUUUGCACCAAGGAAGAUUUAACCAGGCACGCUAGAACACAUUCAGGAGAGAAACCUUUUGCUUGUUCGCUUUGUGCUAAAACAUUCUCGGCAAAAGGCAACUUGAGAAAGCACACCAGAACACACUCUGGAGAAAAACCUUUUGCCUGCUCAGUUUGUGGGAAGAGAUUCUCUGUCAAGAAGAGCUUAGCAAUGCACACGAGGACACAUACAGGAGAGUAUCCUUUUGCAUGCUUAGUUUGUGAUAAAAGAUUCGUUCAAGAGGAACAUUUAAUCCAACACACAAGAAAACACACUGGAGAAAAAUCUUUUGCCUGUUCUGCGUGCGGCAAAAGAUUCAACGAUAAGGGGCAUUUAGCCACACACAGCCGAACACACACCGGAGAGAAACCCUUUGCCUGCUCUGUUUGUGAGGCACAGUUUAGACAGAAGGGCCAUUUAAAAGCACACAGAAGGACACACACUGGGGAGAAACCUUUUCCCUGCUCGGUUUGCGGGAAAAGAUUCACUCGGAACUCGGAUUUGACGAGGCACGCCAAAACACACAGCGGCGAGAAAGCCUUUAGUUGCAGUCUGUGUGACAAAAGAUUCUCCCGCAAGGAUCAGGUCAAGUUGCACAAGUGCGCUCGUGAGUAACGUGUACUCUUCCAGCGACGUCCGCAACUUCAAUACACGAUAGGCUCAAGGGUUACAUAAUCUCUCAAUGCUCUGAGCUCAACUCUGCCCGUAUUGCAUGACUGUGUUUGUUGGAUGCAUAUUGAUGAGAAAGAGGCAGUGGCAUUUCAAAAGACCCCCCCCCCCGUCCCCCCGCUCCUUUUCAGGCGCAAUCUGAAACUUUCUAUCCUUCUUUUUUUGUGCGAAACACCACCUUGUUAGGGGGCUACAACAUGACCCGUAUGUAUUUUCCUCUGUGUUUGAUUGCGAAAUGCCGUUCAUUGAAAUAAAUGGAGAAAAAAAACCCGCAUCCGUCUCCAAAGGCGAAUUUCUUUCAAGUUGACACAUUGAACCAAAGCCAAAAGAUUGACGAUGCUUUGCGAAUCUUUUUCAACCGGGAUCCAUUGUCGGAUCCGAGUGGCAGCGCCGGAGAUGGUGUCGGUUGUCCUUUUGACACGCCAGCCGCAACCUUCAGAUUCAAGACGGUGCACGCCAGCGGGAUUGACGGACAGUUGCUCACAUUCAGUUGUCGUCCAUUUUAAUGUCAUCGCAGCACCCGCUCUGGCCUUCCACAUGGAAUCGGAAUCAGAAUGAGAAUCGGAAUCAUCAUUAUUGGCCAAGUACACACAAGGAAUGUGUCUCCGGUACAACACGCUGCAUUAAUAUCAUCAUAAACAAGCACGUGACAUGAUCGUGAUAUGUACUUUUAGCUAUGCUUUCCACUGGAAUUGCGAGGUUCGCUACGUUUCUAUCACCACGAAAUGACAUCAUGACGCUUUUCUUACGAAUGCAACAUGGAGGGAAUUCGCCCGAAUGUGUUUUGGCCGAGUGCGGUUGCCGUAGCACGGGAUCAAAUCUGGUCGCCCUUUUACGCAUGCGCGCUGCGGAUUGUGUCGGCGCCGCUGGUUGCGGUUUAGACGCGCGCGGUUAUUCUUCUCCAAUCAUUACGGAACGGACGAAAGGCUCGACGCAGUACGCGCGUGGCCGCGUUACGGGAUGUGAAACGGAAUCUUUAACUAUCGCGUCACACUGUCGCGGGCUGACAAUUGACUCCAAGUCAAGCUGAAAAUGCCUCAAUUGCAAUCGGGGAGCAGGGACCGAGUCGACGUUUCUCAACGCAGCUUCAGGUUCUCCCUUCUCCAGAGCAGCUUGACAGACUGCCUGGCGUCUCGCCCGGACCGGACACUUGUGUCUCUUCACCUCACGCUUGACAUAAAAUCACACACGCCGCAACCGAACGGCUUCUCGCCGGUGUGCGUUCGUGUGUGUGUCGUUAAACUUGCCUUUCUGGAGAAUCUUUGACAACAAAAGACGCAGCCAAAAGGUUUCUCCCCGGUGUGUGUCCUCGUGCGCGUCGUUAAAUGCGUCUUGAUGGAGAAUCUGUGACCGCAAAUGGCGCAAGGGAAAAGGUUUUUCUCCCGAGUGCGUUCUCGAGUGCCUCGUUAUCUUUUCCUUGGCCGAGAAUCGUUUCCCACAAACGGAGCAGGCAAAAGGUUUUUCUCCGGUGUGCGUCCUCGCGUGCGUGGUUAGACUUUUCUUUUCAGAGAAUCGUUUGGCACAAAGUGAGCAGGCAAACGCUUUAUCCCCCGCGUGUGUUCUCGCGUGUGCUAUCAAGUGUCCCUUCUGAGUGAACGUUUUAGCGCAAAGUGAGCAGCAAUAGGGUUUUUCUCCAGUGUGGGUUCUGGUGUGCGUCGCUCACGUUGCCUUUCGAGAGAAUCGUUUCCCACAAAGUGAGCAGGCAAAAGGUUUCCCCCGGCGUGUCUUCUCGCGUGUCUUUCCAAUGAGGACCGGUUGAAAAAAGUCGCAUCGCACUGAUAACAUUUCUCACGUUUGCUAGCCCCGUGAGAGUCUUGUUCUUCAUCAUCAUCCUCAUCGUCAUCAACAGAAGAGUGUGACGUUAUGCCAUCACUCUCCGAUAGCGCGGCCAAGAGGCCGUCUGCUUGUAACCCUUCAAAGUGCUCCCCUACCCCCCGCCUUCUUCACCCUUCACACCCACACCAGCCGAUAAAAACUCGGAGAGUUCAU